ACCUGCAGAAGAUGGAAGACGACUUCCGGCCAGAGGUGAAGAAGGUGGCUGUGGCUAUGGGCGCUUCACUCACAGAGCAGGAUAUAGACCGCAUGCCACGGGGGAUGAGAACGCAGGGAAACUUCAACUACAGCAGGUUUCUGGAGUACAUGAGGCAGUUCAAGACCUCGGAGCAGAGAGAGGAAGCCAUCAAGAAGGCCUUCGUGAUGCUCGACAAGGAUGGCAGCGGCUACAUAGAGUGGAACGAGAUCAAGUACAUCCUGUCCACUGUACCAACUGCAACGCCGUCAGCUCCUCUGUCUGAUGAGGAGGCCGAGGCCAUGAUCCAGGCUCUGGACACUGAUGGAGACGGACGCAUUGACUACGGAGAGUUCUCAGACAUGGUGAAGAUGGAGAAAAAACCAAGGAAAUAGAGGUCACACGGUUCAUCAGUGUUCCACAGUGUUGUGUGGAACGAUGUGUGUGGAAGAUAGAAGAGGAGGGGAAGAUGGAGAGGCUCCACACACCUGAUCUACCCCUCCUCCACCUGUGGAUGAAGACCUGAGGGAGAGUGAGGAUUGUUGCUGUUAGUACAGUCUGCUAAAAGAAGAAAAAGAGCAGAGGUUUGUCCAAGUCAUUAAAACUUGGUGAGUGUAUUGGCUGACCACUGUGUCCAAAACUAAUACUUAAUAAUUAUAUAAUUAAUUGGGUUGAUGAUUGUCUUUUUGAUACUUGUAUAUUACCAAAGAUCCAGGACAGUCUCCUUCUUCUUUUUGUACUUUUCACGGUGCACAUUGGACAAAAUGAAAUAAACGUAGGCUUAAAAAACAGUAAACGGUCUGAUAAUCAGACUGAAUUGUCUUUUGGUUUCAUUCAUGAUUUAUUCACACUGGUGAACAAAUGAAAUAUGGGUUGUGAGGUGUGUAAGUAAGUCUGUCACAGUCGGCUGAUCACCUGAUUGGACAUCAUCUGAGCGUACUGGCUGAUGAUGUCAUCUAAAGCUGGGCUGACUCUACAGUGUAAUACAUUAUAAUAUAACAUAAUAUAAUAUAAUAUAAUACAAUAUAAUAUAAUAAUAGAAUUUAUUUGUAUUUAUUUAUUUAUUUUAUUUUAUUGACUGAGGGUCUUGAACAUGUUUGCUCCUCUUCAGUUCGUACUGGUCUCUGUAGUCCACCCCUCCCAGGUGGACUACAGAGACCAGUAGAGUGUCUUAGAUGGGGAAGAGAGCCUGAGCCUGCCGCUGCCUCGGCUCAUACACGAAGAAAGCCUCUGCAAUCUGGUCUGGAAGACUCUGCAAGAAGUUCACCACUCUCCUCCUCCUCAGCUCAGAGGCGUCCACUUCUCCCUCCUCUUCCUCUGCGUCCUCAGACUCUGCAGUGGCCCCCCUCCACAGACGGACUAGGCAGCGCGUCCGUCCGGUUCGUUGGUGUCCUCCAUUUGUUUCUGAUCUUCCUCGGAAGCUUCUGAAAGAAGUGCACAAUGUUCUUCUUCUGCUUCUGCGGUGCUGCACAGUCGUCGUCCCCCUCCAGCAUCCCGCUGAGGCUGCUUAUCACCCGGUCAGACAUCAGCUGAGCACACUAGCUGAUGAUGUCAUUGUACAGCUGGGCUGUCUCCUGGAACCUGUUGGCAGCUGACUUGCUGCCGUGGACCCGUAGGACCAGACCCAUCCCCAAGGAGAGAGGGGGGAGGAAGAAGAGCCUGAGCAGAUGUUUCACAGCUGCUUGACAGAACAAAUGCAACUGCUCAGCUGGACUGAUGGGACUGGAGGACAGAGGACUCAGGGCGCUCAUCGGCAGCUGGGAGAAGCUGGACAGUUUGUCCUCUCUGAUCUGAUCCUCCAGUCUGGUCAGAGUGGAUCCUUCCCUGUCGUGGCUGCAGAUGUCCACCUGAUGCAGUCCUGACAGCACCCGUUAUAAUCUGCUCCUGCUGGGUGUCCUCACUCUCUGCUGUCCUGUCUCUCUGGAGUGUGGACACAGUCUCUGUUUCGUCCUUCUUUCCCUUGUCCACAGCUUCUCUGUAGCUGGUGAGAAACUCUCACAGUUUCUCCUGCAGAGCGACCUUCACCUCCAUCGCCAUGGAGUCGACUCGUUCCUCUGUCACGUCCGUCUUUUUGCGUCUCAGUGGGAACUUCCUCGAUUUCUUCUUCUCCUGACAUAUGUCCUUCACGCUGUUGGCCACGAUGUCCAAAAUGUCAGAAGCAACAGAGUCCAAGCAGGACAGGCUUGACCUGUGUGGACUGGUCGUCAGGCUCAAGCUCUUCGGGGAAAACAAGGUCAAAAACCUGGCAAGAAGACCCUUUAGUACCUGGAGACAGGAACCACUAAACUCUGACAGGUCGCUGCUGACCUUCUCUGAGGACAUGCGAAACAGGUAAGGCUUAUAUUGGUGGCAAGGUCUCUCAGGAUCCUCGCAGACUUCCUCUCUUUGUCCUGAUGGCGACUCAUGCUGUCAGCGACGGCGAACAUCACUUCUCGAGUCGCUGUUUCAAACAUGGCGUCUACUUCCUGCCUCAUCUCUUAUAUCGACCAGAGUCUCGCCUGCUGUCACCAAGGCCUUCAUGGCAGCAGACAUGACCUCUGACCCUCCUUUGGUCUCUGUACUGUCCCGGCUCUCAGCAGACUGCACAUGAAGACCCUGGUUCAGCAGCUCCACUACAUCUCCCAGCAUGCUCCUGACUGACGGCUGGGAGGCGAAACUGCCCAAUGAUUGGACCAGGGGGUUUUCGGUGAUGCUCUCAGAGUCCGACACUCUGGACUGGUCUUCGGGCCCGAGCUGAACCUUCAGAGCCGGGGUUAGCAGAUGCAGGACCAGCUGGGACACCACCCCGAUGAUCCUCCCAGACACCUGAGCCAGGUGAGGCUGAGACACAGAAAAAGAUGUAAGUAUCAAGGUAUCAACAGUAACAGUGACAGUGAUUGAUUUGAAAUUGAGUUUUUCUGUGUUUAUGAACAGCUGUUGAACAAAUCAAUCAGUUUAAACUCAGAGGGACUCUCCACCAUCCUGUCCUGGACGCCCUGCCACUCUGCGUCCUCCAGGCUGCUGAUGAAGGACUAACAGUAACAGUUAAUAAUAAAUAAACAAUAAUAAUUAGAUUAGUCCACUUCCUUUGGCUGAGGUGUUGUACAGCCUGAUGGCAGUGGGAACAAAGGAUCUCCUGAACCUCUCUGUUCUGCAGUGCAGUGAGAUGAGACAACCAAUAAAACAGGUGGAAGGGCAGUCAGUGUCAGCUGCUGUUUGUCUGUCUAACAAUACACUCAGUUUCUUCACAAUCUUUUCAAAGUCCCGGUGCUGAUGAUGAACGACUGGAAUGUUACUGUCUCGAUUGCACUGAAAGCACAAACUGUUCCUCUUCUCGCUCCGAGUCCAGGUGUAAAUCUCUUUUUUUCUGUCUUCAGAUUUUUUGCAAAAUAAGAGUAAUAAUUUAUUUUGAAAGGGUCUGGCAAGAGGGAGGGAGAAGCAUAUG